AAGACUGCAGCCUCACCAUGGCGGAAACAGAGCAGCAGUCAGGAUCCACUCCUGAGGAUGAAGCGCUUGACGUCAUGGCCAGCGUCACCUUCAUGGUGCCCAAGAAAGAAAUCAGCAUGGUGCAGGACAUGGGCAAGUGGAAGCGAUCUCAAGCGUAUGCUGACUACAUGGGCUUCAUUCUGACACUCAAUGAAGGCGUGAAGGGAAAGAAGCUCACAUGUGAAUAUAAAGUGUCAGAGACGGUGGAGAAGUUACUGGAUCUUCUGGACACUCUGGACCGAUGGAUAAACGAGACCCCUCCUGUUGAGCAGCCAUCACGCUUUGGUAAUAAGGCCUACAGAACCUGGUAUGCCAAACUAGACCAGGAAGCAGAGGCCCUGGUGUCAGCUGUGCUCUCUGCUGACAGAUGUGCUGCAGCUCCAGAGAUAGCCGUGUACCUGAAAGAGUCUGUGGGGAACUCCACCAGGAUAGACUAUGGAACAGGUCAUGAAGCUGCCUUUGCCGCAUUCCUCUGCUGCCUCUGCAAGGUCGGAGCUCUCAGGGUCGAUGACCAGCUGGCUAUCGUUUUUAAGGUUUUUAACAGGUAUCUUGAAGUGAUGCGGAAGCUGCAGAGGACCUACAGAAUGGAGCCAGCUGGGAGCCAAGGAGUAUGGGGACUGGAUGACUUCCAGUUUCUGCCCUUCAUCUGGGGGAGCUCCCAGUUUUUAGAUCACCCAACAUUGGAGCCUCGGCACUUUAUCGAUGAGAGGGUGGUCAACGAGCAUCACCAAGACUACAUGUUUCUGGAGUGCAUCAAAUUCAUCAAUGAGAUGAAGACGGGUCCGUUUGCAGAACACUCCAACCAGCUGUGGAACAUCAGUGCCGUUCCCUCCUGGUCCAAAGUCAACCAGGGUCUGAUCAGAAUGUACAAGGCCGAGUGUUUGGAGAAGUUCCCCGUGAUCCAGCACUUCAAAUUCGGUAGCCUGCUGUCCAUCCAGCCUGUGAAGCCUUGACUCUGAAGCCAUGCACGCCAUGGAAAGACCAAAAUCCCGACAGUUGGAACCUACAGUUUUCCCUUCCUCCAGCAUCCUCACGUGCAAACCCAACAGUAGCAACAACCAACAACAUGUAGUUUGUACACACGCAACUCCACAUGUGCGCACAUGUGGUCAUGAAAGCUUGUUGGCCAUCCAUGACGUUAAUGCGGAGCAUGUUGUGGAUGAGCUUUGUGAUUUUGGAGCAUCUUUAUAUAUUUUUGUCAUUUUAUUUAUAUAAUAGAUAGAUUUGAAUUUGGGCCCUUUUUUGAGGGAUGGAGGGAAUUUUUUGGGGGUUUUUUUUCCGGUGUGCUCAUUGAUGCUUAAUGCUUGAAUUGACCUCAGAGUGUGAAUCCUCAUGAGCAGUAGGCUCAUUCACAGAGUGAGCUGCUACAAAGAAGACUUUGUGUGACUUCUUCAAAAUAUUUUGCAAUAGUUUCCUCUUCAGUUUUAGGUUGUUUUAUUUUUUGGUUUUGCUUUUAAGGCCAAAUGUUUUUUCUAUUUUAUUGCAAAUGUACCAAUAUUUUUAAAUGACCAGGUCAUCCCAACAUCCCCGUCACAUUAAGAAUUUGCUGAGAAAUAACAGUUUUGAGUGUUUUUUUCCAAAAUAAAAUGUCUCAACAUUUCCCUGUCUCGCUCAAAUGGGGAAAAAAAAGUCAGUAUUAGACUUUUAAAGCUUCCACAACAGUUCAUCCAAAACAGAAUAUACUGAAUUUCAUGCACUUUGUUUACAUGAAAAGUAAGAAGUUUAGAUAAGAAUCUUAGCAUAUCUCUCUUUAAUUUUACCCCUCCAUGUGUCCCUUUUAAGUUACUGUCAAUAAUCUACACCCAUCACAGUCCCAGCUGAGCCCACUCUUAAUUUAAAGGACCUCUAUAUGACAUUCAGAGCAUUAACACAUGAGCAAAGCACUAUUUUCUAUUUAAAGAUAUAGUGGAGUGACGGCGACCUGAGCAGAGAAUGAAGUCACACUCCCUCUGUGUGUGAUAUAAUCUGAGCUGCUCUUUUCUUUAAGCUGCACAUACAUGUUAGUGCAUGUGAGUUCUGCUGGAUUCAAAUGGAACUCAUGAGCUUGUUGUUACGACAUGAGAAGCCACAUACAUGAUAUGUUUUGCAUUCAAGUCAUGGAGGCAACAGUGACAUGGACGCUGCUGCUGCCGUCUAAACGCCACCAAGGCUAACAAUUUAGCAAACUAGCGAGCCAGUCACGAAAUGCAAAGGCGGAGUGUUAGAGGAAAAAGAUGAGGCCAUUGGGAAUAUCAAUUUCCUCUGGCAUAUAAAAUUACAGCAACUUUAUAUAUAAAAUUACAAUAUAUUAGCUUACCAUCCUCCGAAAAAUUUAAGUCCAUGGCCUGCAUCAUUUCUGAAAGUAAAAAACGUCACAACUCAUGAACUCAAAGCUUCUACAUACUUUAUACUUCAUAAAUACGACAUAAGGGGGGUGUUCUUCUCAUGAUCAUGAUUAACUCAACCCCAUUAGAACGCAGCCAUCUUGUGUGUUUAUCCCAACGGAGUUAUUAAUUUCCCCAAGAAUGUUCCACCUAGUUCCAAACACGCAUGGGGAAAAAAAAUAGUGCCACUUCUUAGGUUUCCAUCAACCCUCAAAUUGCACAAAUUGAAAUUGUGAAUAUAAAACAUGUCUAAUGGAAAUAGGUCAAUAAAAAAACUCAUUGCAAAAAUGUUUUUAUGCUUGACGCAUGAGGUAUAGAUAUUUUGCGAAACGCUUUUUUUUUUUUUUUGCUUUUCUAGGUCACGUGAUGGGCUAUGUGCUUGUCAGUAAGAACUGGCUCCCUCAUGAUGCUGCAGGCCCUACAAAAGGUAUUAAAUCGCAUAGCUCUUCAAAAAUUGGGCAGAUCAUCCGGAAGUUUUGUAUCCAUAAUUCCUCUGUAAAAUCGUGGACUAUCACCUCCCAGAAAUCCCUCAUACGUGGCUGCUCUUACGUAUAAGGGGCUUGCCUUUCCAUUACUGCGGGCAUAACACAUCUACGUAGCCUUUGGUCAAAAAUCAUGACGACAAGUGCGGUGGGUUCAAUAGAAAUGAAAUCCAUCUUUUGAACAUCAAUAACUAUGCUUCUUGGAAUGUUAUCACCAGAGGAGAAGUCGCAUAACAUCACUCAGUGGAAACGCAGUCAUCUCGCAAUUGUAUGUCAUCAACAUUUCAAAAAUAUUAUGUUUUGCUCAAAUCUGUAUUGGAAAUAUGCUUACUGUUAUCCCAGUAACUUGCUAAAUGCCACCUUAUGGCUGAUGACGCAUUGUCACUUGUUCCCUCCAGCUCCCCUCUGGUUAACACUGUUUACUGUCAGCACUGUUGUUAUCAUCAUUAGCUGCUAGCCACCAGCUCAGCCACCUCCAUGUUGAGAGCCGUGUGCAGACAAUCCCUGCUCAGACUUCGAAUCAUAGAUAUGCUCUGAAUAUCACGUAUAGCUCCUUUAAAGGUGCAGUCAGCAAUUCUAAUUAAAUGCACUUUUUGUCAAACACUAUUAUUGCAGCCAAUCAGAAAAAGGGGUGUUCAUGCUCAUUCAUAGGACAAGGCAAAGGCAGUAGGAGCAAGAGGGUCAAUCUGGCACAUGCAAUAAGGUGCUGAACUCUACAUUGCAAAAUUAACAAUCUUUCUCAAGAAUCACUGACUCCACCUUUAAUUUACUUAAUCUGUUAGGGUAAACAUUUAUGUGAAUUGACAAACCAUUCUUGAAUAAAUUCUUGUGGUUGUGCUGUGUAGCUUUUUCCUCAGAAUUCUCACCCCACAUAAAAUAGAUGAUAGUAAUAAUAAAUAGAGGUUUUUUUUAAUAAUUAUAGUUUCCUACCCCAGAUUUGACCCCAGUUUUGAUUGAUUGGUGAAUUCUGCAUGUGUCUCAACUGGCACAUUUCAAAGAUCACGGCAUGUGUUUUUUAAUUUAAUAAGAUAAGAACUAUUUUUGUGUGAUUACCUUGACCUGUCAAACCUGAUUUAAUAAAUUCCUCCGUUUUCUCA